AGGCUCCUGUCAGUCGUUUGGAGCAGUUGAGUCCUCCACAAACGGCUCCGUGUGUGGAAGAAAUAGUUUCUGUACGAAUCAAAGCUUGUGUUCUUGCGUUGAAGGUUUUUAAGGAAAUCCUUAUUUGCCAGAUGGAUGUCAAGAUAUCGACGAGUGUGCUCUUCCAAAGCAUGACCGCAAAUGUGAGCAGAAUUGUACAAAUACCCCAGGAAGCUAUAUCUGCUCGUGCAACGAUGGGUACAGUGAACUUUCUGGAAUGAAUGGUUGCACGAAGAUAGGCAAUGUGAAGAAAGCUCCAGUAAUGAUAAUAAUAGCUACAUGUUCUGGUCUUGGGGUGUUAUUGGUGAUGUUCGCUACGUUGUGGUUGUACAAAGUAAUCAAAAGAAGAAAAAUACGUCAACUCAAGGAGAAGUUUUUUAAGAGAAAUGGUGGUCUGCUACUACAUCAACAGGUUUCUUCUAGUGAAGGUAAUGUUGAGGCAACCAAAUUAUUUACCUCAAAAGAACUGGAGAAAGCAACUGAUCACUAUAAUGUAGAUCGAAUCCUCGGGCAAGGAGGACAGGGUACUGUCUAUAAGGGAAUGUUGACAGAUGGAAGAAUAGUAGCCGUGAAAAAGUCCAAGAUAGAAGAUGAAACCAAACUCGAACAUUUCAUCAAUGAGGUUGUGAUUUUGUCACAAAUAAACCAUAGGAAUGUUGUAAAGCUACAUGGAUGCUGCUUAGAGACCGAGGUCCCUUUACUGGUUUAUGAGUUCAUCCCGAAUGGAACACUUUUCCAGUACAUCCACGACUAUCAUGAAGACUUUCCACUGACCUGGGAUAUCCGUGUACGUAUAGCAACAGAAGUUGCAGGAGCUCUGUCCUACCUACAUUCUGCAGCAUCAAUUCCAAUAUAUCAUCGAGAUAUCAAGUCAACAAAUAUACUUUUAGACGACAAGUACAGAGCAAAAGUGGCUGACUUUGGAACUUCCAGAACACUUUCUGUUGAUCAAACUCACUUGACAACAAAAGUACAGGGUACAUUCGGUUACUUGGAUCCUGAAUACUUCCAAUCAAGCCAAUUCACGGAUAAAAGUGAUGUUUAUAGCUUCGGUGUAGUUCUUGUUGAGCUCUUGACAGGACAAAAAGCAAUCUUGGCACCUAGGCCUGACGACGAGGGAAGAAGUUUAGCAACACAUUUUAUGUUAGCAAUGGAAGAGGGCCGUAUGCUAGAUAUUCUUGAUCAGCAAAUUAGAAAAGAGGGCGAGAAAGAAGAGAUCAUGGCAUUUGCUAAACUUGCAUACAGGUGCUUGAACUUGAGCGGGAGGAGAAGGCCUACGAUGAAACAAGUUGCAACGGAGCUAGAGAAUUUAAGAUUAACCGGUGAAGUGCACUAUGAAGAGGUUGAAUAUGUAGCAACUGAGCUAUAUGGACCUUGGGACCUUACUUCAUCUUCUAUAAGCUCGUCUACAAAUUACAGUGUGACUGUUGAUAUAGAGCCUCUUAUUAGAAAAUAGAGUAUAGUAAUGUGUCCUAAAAUCCCGUAACAACAUCAUUCAAUAGAUGUAUAGUUUGUUCGUGAGAGAUCCUUAGUUGCGAAGAUGUAAUAUUAGAUAUCCAUCUAUGAUGCUUUUCUUCAGAACUGUAUUUUAUAUGCCCAUUGUCAAAUUAUCUUCUAAGUUAAUAUUAUGUAAUGGUUUUUUUUUA